AUGGCGACCGCGCAGGCGCAAAGCGCUGAAACAGAGAAGCUAGCGGUGGGCGUGGCCUACGAGGGGCGUGCCUCACAUGGAGGACGGGGAUUGGUCGGGGGAGGCCCCGCCUCCCGGCGCGGCCCGAUGACGUCAUCGCUCAGCGCCGGCGGGGAGCGAGGCCGGAGGCUCCGCCCUUCCCCUCGGGCUCCUCCCCCCCCUCCCCCUCCCCCCACCCCCUCCCCCCACCCCUCCCCCCCCCUCCCUUCUGGCUCCCCCCUCCCCCCCACCCCCCCGAGUGGGCGUGGCCGCGCGGGGGCGGGGCCCGGGGGGGUGUGGCGGCCCCUCCCCCCGCACUUCCGGCGGCGCAAGGGCGCCCCCCGGCGGCGGCUGCGGGCGCUGCCCCUCCCCCUCCUGCGGCUGCUCCUGGCGCGGGGGGGGGCUCUGGGGGGGCGGGGGGAGGGGCGGCCGCGCCCGCGGGGGGCGGGGCGCCCGCAAGGCCACGCCCCCCUGGGGCAGGAGUGGGCGGGGCCUGCCGGCGGCCCGGAGCGGGGGAGGGGCGGCCCCCGCCCGCGGCCUGUGAGGGGGAGCCCCUCCCCCACCCGGAGGGGGAAGGGCCCCUCCCCAACGGGCUGGGCGGGGGAGGGGCGGGGCCUCUCCCCGCCUGCCCCUCCCCCCCCCUCGCCCCUCCCCCCCCGGCCCCCAUCCUCAUCAGCAACGUCACCGGAGGGGGCGGGGCCGAGGCGGGGCCACGCCCCCUGCCCGCCGGGGGAGGGCCACGCCCCCUCCCCGGCCACGCCCCCCGCCCGGGCCACGCCCCCCGCGCAGCCCAGCCCCCCCCUGAGGGAGGAGCACGUGACCUGCGUGCAGAGCAUCCUGGACGAGUUCCUGCAGGCCUACGGGAGCCUCAUCCCCGUCAGCGCCGACGAGGUCGUGGAGAAGCUCGAGGACAUUUUCCAGCAGGAGUUCAGCACCCCCCAGAGGAGGGGCUCGGUGCAGCAGCUGCUGCAGUCGUACCAGCGCCUGCCGGGCAACGCGCUGCUGCGCGGCUUCCGCGUCAGCUACAAACGCCACGUGCUCACCAUGGACGACCUGCAGACCCUCUACGGCCCCAACUGGCUCAACGACCAGGUGAUGAACAUGUACGGCGACCUCGUCAUGGACGCCGUCCCCGACAAGGUGCAUUUCUUCAACUCCUUUUUCUACGACAAGCUGCGCACGCGCGGCUACGAGGGCGUGCAGCGCUGGACCAAGAACGUGGACAUUUUCGGCAAGGAGCUGCUGCUGAUCCCCAUCCACCUGGAGGUGCACUGGUCCCUCGUGGCCGUGGACGUGGCGCGCCGCACCAUCACCUACUUCGACUCCCAGCGCACGCUCAACCGCCGCUGCCCCAAGCACAUCUGCCGCUACCUGCAGGCCGAGGCCGACAAGAAGGAGCGGCCGGAUUUCCGCGAGGGCUGGAGGGGCGCCUUCAAAUGGUGA